AUGAUCUUCUGUGAAACAUGCGGCUCUCCCCUAGAAAUUAUAGAGAACGAUUACAUAUGCUCAGAAGGUCACACCAUCAAAAACAGAGUAGAACUCUUGGAUGAAGGCGUCUCAACCCUCCUUGAUGGCUCAUCUAGCAGGGUAAAGCCCAAAAGGCUUCUGUUCAAAAAAUACGGCCAAGACUACAUGGAAUUGCUAGGCUUCUAUAUAUUGUUCAACGACAUUGGGGAGCAUCUGCACGUCAAAUCCCUCAAGUAUUUCAACAUCUUUGUCGACUUCAUCAAAGAGGGCCCCCACAAGACUCUCUCGAAGUCCCUGCUGACAUUUACGACACUCAGGGCACUGACAUACUACUCAAAGAGGAUAGAAAUGGAGGCAGAGGGGAAGACAUACCUGUACAUGGACUAUUAUAAGGACAUGAUGACAUAUCCUUAUGAAGAAAGGAAAAAUGCGAAACUUGCCGAUUUGGGCAUAACGAAUUCAAACAUUCUCCCUAUACGCUUCGAAAGCACGGGAAUGGUCCCUGUGUAUAGAAUACUUAGAUUUUUUGGAGAAAGGAACGUCAAGCUUCAAAAGAACCGUAGCUACGGCCGCUUUGUGACAUUUUACGGAGAAACCGGCGUUCUUGAUAAAGAAGCCGAAAACAGAAAGGCCUGCUUCAGAGAGGACCUUAGAAGGGAUUACGAAAUGUUCUUCAAAUACCUCCAAAGAAUCUGCGAUAUCUUUAUGCUAGAGAUCACAGAGGACCUCGAAAAAAAGUUCAAAGGCUUCUUCUACAUGCUUGACUUUACCAACACCAUUUAUAUCCCUGAAGUAGAAGUAUCCAUGUUUCUUUACAUCUAUAUCAUGAAUCACAAAAAAGACUUUAAUGUGUUGAGGGCCAUAAGAAACCUUGACGAGAUACUGCGUGAGCCUUACUGCACUCUCCCAGAAGAAAUCGGACAUGCAAAAUCCGAAAACUUCUGUGGCAAGGAGGAAAGACUCCAAUCCCAUCUCAAAACUCUAAUAUCGAAAGUUACGUGGUUUUGCAGCGCAGAGAUCGAGCGGAAACUCAAAAGCCUUAAAAGAUUAUUUAGCUGCUGUAAAACACCGGGAUCGCUGGGCAAUUACUGGAAAAGUAUUCACAAUAGGCACAAGCUACUUUUUAGUCGCAAUGUCUGGUAUAUGAAGAAGCUAAUCGUUCUAAGGAGAAUGAAAUCUAUCGAUGAAAACUUUUAA